AUGAUGCUAUUCGAUUUCUUUGUACCGCUAUCGGGACGUACCGGAAAUGUGUUCAAUCCGGAAUUAAUCAUCAUGCCUCUGUCGUUUCUUACAGCAUUUUCAUUUGUUUUAUACACGAACAAUUUGAUGUAUGUGAGUCGUCGUCUGGACUAUUUGAUGAAAUGUGGAUUUGCAUUAUUCGUAUUGUUUUUUGCCGUGAUCGCAACCACACGACUGGGAUGGCCGUAUCAGUAUACGAAGGAAAGUCCACGACUGAGACGUAUCGUAGCGUUGGUGGGUGGUGGUUUUGUUGUUGUUGUUGUAUUUGUAAAUUUCAUUUGA